AUGAAUCAUAGCAAGUUUGAAGAGUUUUCAUCAGUUUCAGUAAAACUUUGCAAUAUAUUACCUGACAAAAGUCAUAAUGCAGGAUUUAUUAAUUCCCUUAUUGAUGAGCUAAAUGCAAAGCUAUACAAAACACAACUUUGUGUUAGAAUAAAUGAUGCUGCUAAUUUACUUAAAAUGAUAUGUUUAUACAUAAAACCAGCUGAAGAAGCUCUAGCUGCAAAAGCAUCACACUUAAUGACCAAUAUUGUAACCAAGCAAAUAAUACCUUUAAGUAAUGAAUAUUUGUUGCAAGUGGUUUCUUGGCAUUUAGACUGUAUUAAAACAGGCCCAGACUUGAUAUUACCUGAUAUACUACAUAAUAUGCAAUGUAUUUUGCAUUCUCAUGUACAUAUUGGACAAAAGUUUAUUAAUGAAUUAAUUGGACAAAAAGGGUUACUUGUCAAAUAUAUAGAUGUUGAAAAUAGAAUUUAUUUGACUUCUCAAAAUUCAUUACAAAUAUCACUUUUAGUUUUAAAAUGCAUUAUAUGUUUAUUGCCAAUAAUUGAUGAAAAAAAUGAAUGUGAAAUAACCAUGGAUAUAAAACAAAACAUCUCUUCGAUCAUUAUAAAAUAUUUAAUGAAUGGUUUUGUUAAAAAUGAAGAUGAAUUUUUAUAUUGCAAGGUUGUAAUUUCAGCAUUAAGAGUGCUGUCUCAUGUGUAUUUUAACAAUCAAGGAGAAGACAUUCCAUUGCCAGAGUUGAUGGGGAUUAGUCAGUAUUUUAUUCUGUAUGGUCUCAUACCACAGAACAGUAGGCCAGAAAAAAUAAUGCCUGCUCAACAAACCAUUGCAGCUGCUCCAGUGAAGUCGGUUGGUGUGAGGGGAGGCAAGAAACAAAAAGUUCGAAAACAUCGUAACAAUGCUAUAGAGGGCUUGAAGAAAGAAAUCCCAGUAUCUGACAAAAGCUUGUUGAAGGAUAUAGAUAAUUUUGAAAACAGUUCAGCUUACAAACCGGCCAGCAAAAACUAUCUAGAUUCACAGAAAGCACGGCCCUGUUGGACUUUGACCAGUGAUUCUGAUAUGUCAGACGUGGAGAACAGCAGGGAGACAAAGUUAGUCGCGUUAAAGUCUAGGGUACGGCAGAGUGCUUCCAAUUUAUUCCUGGUUUUAUUCAAGAUAAAGGAUAAACGAGAAAUGUUCGGCUAUUGGUUUGCUCUGUUACCUAACUCGCCCUACGAUAAUAAUUGGCUCGGAGAAGAAAGCUCGAAAAGGAGCCUGGCCUAUAGUGUCGUCACGGACCCCGUGGCCAGCAGCAGAGCCAGUACUCUCGGUGUCAUACUGGCUUUGUUGUCCGGGUCCAAGACUUAUUUGGGUCAGGCAGAAGUCAGCAAAAAAUCAAAUUCAUCAUUUAUACCAUUUUCAGUAUCCCUCGGCUACUUAGUCGUGCGCAUGCACAAGAUUCUAGCCUGUAUACUGAAAUGCGAACGCAGUCAGGUCGUUUCGCUAGUGGCGUUGAAGUGCUGCGCCGCUUUGGUCCAGGCCACGCCUUACCAUAAAAUGCAGGACGGCCUGAUCUCCGAAUUGGUCAGCUGUACUAGGAAGUUCCUAGUUCAUAAAGAGGUGACAUUGCAGGUCGGGGCUCUCAUAACGAUGGGGUGUAUUCUGUCGAUCGACCCUAAAAUUGACGAAGUACUAAAGGUUAUACAAAAAGACGUAAGGCCGAGGCCGGCCUCGUCGGACAAAGAGAAUAAAGCUUCCAACGAAUGUGACGACUUCGAAGAGGGCUAUUCUGACGAUGAACUGCUCUCGGAAGAGGAAUUGCAAAAAGACGUCGACAUGGAGUUCGUCACGAGAGAGACUUACUUCGACAUUUGGAUUUUGGAUAUUUGUUUUAAGAAUAUAGGAUGGGAGUUCAGAGGAUUAGACAAAAUUAGCUGCAAUCCAUCGCCCAUACCGGUCGUGUUGGAGUCUCUGCAAGUGCUGUCGGCGAUGGCCUUUCACCAUCUACCGCUUCUGCUGAAGCCCCGAAUAGAUUUCGUGACGGACACUUUACACGAACUCUUGCAACACGAACACCAGGAUGUGGUCUUCCAAACUGCGAGGCUCAUCAGCAUAAUCGGGGACUCCUUGCAGAAGUUAGAGUACACGAGAGUAGACGAACUGCCUCCGUUGGCCCAACGCGUGUCGAUGUGGGAAAAGCUCUCGUCUUCGCUGUGCUCGGUGCUGCAGGCCCAUCACAGUUCGGCCGCCAAAGUCGUCGCAUGCGACUGCAUCGCUAAUAUUGGGGAGCAGUGCUUUAAGGAAUUGCCUCGCCGAACGCGAUUGGUGUGUUGCGCCCUCUUAGUGGGCUCGUGCAGCGACGAAGAGCCGAGCGUGAGAGCGGCCGCCGUCAGGGCGCUCGCCAUGGCCGUCAUGUACCGGACGCUCAGAGAGGACGUGUGCUUCGUGAGCGAUUGCGGCGAGAACAUCCUCAGGGCCCUGACGGAGACCGCUCUCGUCGUCAGGACAAAAGCCGCCUGGGCCCUCGCCAAUCUUAGCGACGCCCUCGUGCUUAACAUGGAUGACCCGGAACUGGAGCGAAUAGACGAUGACCUAUUAUUGCGUCUGCUGGAGGUCAGCGUGCAGUGCGCCGACGAUAACGAUAAGGUAAAAAUGAAUGCCACCCGAGCCCUCGGAAACAUGCUUCGGCUCAUUCGAGAAGACAACCUUUCGAAGCGCCCUCAAAUGAAGCCCCUCUGCGAGGUCGCCAUAUCCAAGUUGGUGGAGUGUGCGAGCAAAGUCAGCAACAUGAAAGUGCGCUGGAACGCUUGCUACGCCAUAGGAAACGCUAUGAAAAAUAAUACUCUCUUCACGAGUUUUAGUGGGUGGCAGAGUCAAGUUUUCUCCAACCUCUGUUCGCUCUCGCAAGAGUGCAAGAACCUGAAAGUGCGAAUAAACGCGGCGGUCGCUCUGCGUGCGCCUCAGACGCGUGCGCACUUCGACGUGCAUUUCUGCCUCGUCUGGAGAGGGGUAAUGGAGGCAAUGCAGAACGCUGCCAACGUCGACGAUUUCUCCGAAUAUAAGCAUAAGGACCAUUUGAUCGAACAGCUCUGCGUGACAUUAGCCCACGCGUGUUGCCUUCUCCAGCAAACAGACCUAGCGGACAUUUUAGACCCGUUAAUAUUUAACUUCGAAUGCGCUAAAUCUCUCUACGCUCAGCUGUAUCAGAAAUUAGCCCCGGAAAAUGUGUCCUGUAUGAAAAUAUUGCAAGCGGCUAAGUACGUGACCGUCGACCUGACGGCUGCGAACGAUACGCAAUUGCAGUCUCUGGGAAUGUUACAGGAAAUAUUCAUCUGGGACAUGUAG